AUGGCGGACGUCUUUCACGCCAUUGGGAUGGAGUCACUCUCUGCCUCAGAGGAUGAAUACUUGAGCGAUAUGCCGACCCCGACACCCCAAAGGAAGCAACAAACAGCGCCACCAAGGCAGUCAGAACCGCCACUAGCUACUAAGGCUGACCUAACAGGCAUGGUGACUGACCUUAAGGCAUUCUUCGCGGCAGAAUUGGCAGGCCUCAAGACGGAACUGAGCCCACUUACAGGCCGCAUGAGAGCCACGGAAGACGCAGUCCAGGACCUGAGAGUCCAACAAGAUGCCACAACAAAGAAAACGCUCGAGCUCACAACCUCAUGCUCCCAGCUAAACGCCCGA